CGGUCCGUAUUGUAGUUACAAAGAGCAAAUGGUUAGCUUUAAGAUGAAGCAAUUAGAGCAACUUAAAAACGCGUAAUUAUAAAACCUAUAAAUGCACAAGUGUUUGUGUAUGUAAGAAGAAAACGUCUCGAUCUGUAAGCUCAUCGACCUUCCAGAUCAAUCAAUCGUCGCUUUCUCUCCCUUCCCCAAAGCAAAAAGAAAAAAAAAAUACGAAUAAUGGUAUCGUCAGAUCAACAUGUGCUUCCGGUUUCCACCGCCGCUCAGGCCCCAAUGGUAACCGCCGCUGUGGCCGAAUCGCAACCUCCAGCCGUGCGGGCAUUAGUGAACCGCGUAACCGAAACGGUCCGUGAUGGUCUAUCCCGCAGCCGUCCAUGGUCGGAGCUCCUCGACCGAUCCGCCUUCACCAAGCCGGAUUCUCUCGCCGAGGCGGCGACGCGAUUCCGGAAGAACUCAUCUUAUUUCAGGGUGAAUUACGUCUGCAUCGUAUCUCUCAUCCUCGCUUGCUCCCUUCUCGCCCAUCCAUUCUCUCUCGUCCUCCUCCUAUGCCUCGCCGCUUCUUGGCUCUUCUUCUACCUCCUCCGUCCUUCCGAUCAACCUCUCGUACUCUUCGGCCGAUCUUUCUCCGACCUCGAAACUCUCGGCGCCCUAAUCCUCUCCACCAUUGCCGUCAUCUUCCUCACCAGCGUCGGAUCUGUUCUUUUCUCUGCCCUCAUGAUCGGAGUAGCGGCGGUCUGCGUCCAUGGCGCCUUCAGAGCUCCCGAUGAUCUCUUCCUCCACGAGCAAGAUCCUGCCGCCGUCGGGAUCCUCUCAUUCAUCGGUGGCCCCACCACCUCCGCCGCGCCUUCCGCCGUGUAAUAAUAAUCCUUCUGCUAGUUUUUCAAACUGACGGUGGAGAUUGUUUGCUACCGUCAUUUGUCUUGGUUUGUAAAUUAACAGAUCCUUUGAAAAGCCAAGUCGGCAAAGUUAAAUUAAAAUAUUGUAUUUUGUUUGUUUGAUUGAUUCCUCCGUU